AUGCCAGCAGACCCGAAAAUUAUUAUCGAACGUCUCCAGGAGUGGGGAGCCUGCGAUGUUGCGGAUGGUCUCUCGAAGUUCAACUACCCGCAUGGCGGAUUCCUUGAAGGGUUGACCAUGUACUCGCCACAGUUUCAGGCAGGGGAAACCAAGAUCAUCGGCCAGGCCUAUACGGUCAAGUUUGUCCCCAAGUCUGAUGAGACAGCGCCUAAGCUAUCUACCAACUACAUCGACACUGUUCCUGAAAACAGCGUUGUUUUCAUAUCACAGCCUCUGCCACACGUCAAUGCUGUGUAUGGGGGACUUAUGACACUCCGUGCACAAGCUCUCCACGCAGCUGGCGUCGUGAUUGAUGGCCGUGUCCGAGAUUUGGGCGAGCACCGUGCUCUCAACUUUCCGCUCUUCGCUCGAUCAGUCGGGACAACGGCGGGCGGUGCAGCCUGUCGCCCCUCUGAGAUAAAUGUCCCUCUCCGUCUUAACUCUGACAUCCAGGAUGCCUGGGUUCAUCCAGGCGAUUAUAUCAUUGCAGAUCUGAAUGGUGUUGUUGUUCUACCUCAGGACCUGGCGGAGCAGGUCCUUGAUGUCAUUCCGGGAAUUGCCGCGGCCGAUGCCAAAUGUGCUGAAGGUAUCAAAACUGGUCGGAGUGUUCAGGAUGUCUUCAAGGAGUUCCGGGGUCGUUGA